AUCUUUUGGGCAACAUUUUUUCAAAAAAUAUUUACUCAGACGAUCUGUCAGGACAAACAUCCUGCAUUUGAUAGAUCAAUGUAAACUUCGAACGGACCAUGGGUUACAUGUGACACUUAAUGCCAGUGAGGAUAUCAGCAGGAGCUCUGCUGCGCGCUUGGGUUUUCAGCCUGCAGGUUUGAUGAAAUUACCUCAGAGACUGUUGUGACAGUGGUUCGUGGAGGAUUAACGGUUGGGAAGGUUGCCUCUCGAGAGAUAGGGGAUUGUGGUGCGAUCUUUGGGCAGAUCAGCUCUCUACUUUUAUUUCUGAGCGCGUUAAGAAGACUUUAUAACAGGAUCGUAGCCGAAUAUAAAAGCGCAUUUUCUAAAUUUUGGCGUUUUUUUCCGAAAAUGAGCGGGAAGUGAGGUUGAAUGACAUGCGUAUUUGUAGUCAUUUAAUUUUUAAGUUGUAGGCUACUUAUGUUGACUUUUUUAAAUAUUACUUUUAAGGCGCGUGACUUGACUGUAUGAGCAGUAUAAUGAAGAGAAAGCUGUUGGAAUGCUUGAAAUCACAUACAAAGUACUUUUUUUCCCAAUAUAAGACCUAACAAAUCCAAACUUUGAUUCGGGCACUAAAAGUGCUUUAGCUGAAUGCUUGUUAUAGGCUUGCCCAUGUAAAUAAAUAAUGCGUAGGCUCAGAGUCAAACUGCAUUAUUCUAAACUUAAUUUGAUAUGUUUGCUGGGCCACAUGCAUCAGUAGACUGUUUUUGCUGCUAGAUGGUGCUCUAACAACAUGUAAUUGAAGUCGUUGCUUUUAGUUGUCAUAAAAUUAUAACUUUGUUAUAAAGAAUGGAAUCAAUUUGAGUUUGCCAGUCUAUCUGAAGCUGUAUUUCUAAAUUACACAUGUAUUAUUUGAGUAGGCUUAUAUGCAUUGGCUUUCAUUAAAUAUGAAAUUUAGAAACUAUAUUUUGAUUUAUUGAAAUUGUUGUCGUGAAAAUGUUUGAUUUAUUUAUGAGUCAUAAUUCAUGUGGUUUCACAUUAAUUUAGGCCAUAAUUGUAUUCAUCUUUAAAUUUAAAUGGGUAAUACAACAAUUUAAAUAGUGAAACAACCCCCAUUUAUAAGGCCAGGGUCAGGUAUGUAAACAAAGGCAGAUUUAGAAACUCUUCUGUAGCCUAUACAGAAACCUUUCUUUCAGAACUGCAUUAGCUUAUCCUUUUUUUGUAAUUCCUUUUUCUUUAAUGCCUCAAAUUGUGCCAGUGAGACGUGGCUGCAAUUUGUCUUUAAUGGUGGGCUCGGCUAAGUCAUGAUGUAAGUGGAGGGUGGUGCCUCUGAGAGAUAUGGACUGAAUUGUAACCUGAAAAGCACUUUUCACACAUCCUGCAUGCCAAGAACCUCGGAUUCUAUUUCUUCACUUUUUUUUAAAUAAGAAUGGCUGAGGUGUCAGUUGCAGACAGGCUCUGCAAUGCCUCUGCCAGUGGAAAACUAGCUGAAGUGUUGUUUUUGCUGGACACAGCUGGAGCUGAUGUUAAUGGAUUUAAUACAUUCAAAAGAACCCCAUUGCAGGUUGUGAAGAUGGGGAACGCCGCCCUUGUUGAGGCGCUCCUCGUGGCGGGGGCAGACCCAAACGUGCCCGACCCGGUCCUAAAUCUUACCCUGACACAUGACGCCGCACGCGAAGGCUUUAUACACACCGUCCGCGUGCUGGUGAACCAUGGGGCAGACCUGAACCUCGUGGAUGGGCAUGGUAACCUGCCGCUCCACCUGGCCGCCAGGGAGGGUCAUCUGAAGGUAGUCCAGCUGCUGAUUGAAUGCACCACCGACCCCCAAGCCCUCAACGACCAGGGAUACUCUGCUGGAGAACUGGCGCGCCACCACGGCAAGACUGACGUCUUCAAUUUCGUCGAGGAGUAUCUAAGCUCACACUGAAGAGCAAGAAGAGAAGAUGGCUUUCUGCAAAGAUUCAAAAAAAUAAUUGCUUUUAGACAGUGUUUGGACCAGUCUAUUUUGAUUAUUAAUGCUCUGUUAUUCUCUGUGUGUAAGGCGGAGUUUAAAGCAAAAAGGUACAACAUGAUGCAAGUUGCUCUCUUAAAAUAAAUUGUGACAUACUCAAAAUA